AUGUAUGUAGUUAAAAGAAAAACCGUCCAAAUCCACGAGAAUCCACCGUCGGAUGAGGUGGGUGGUAUGUUCGCACGUCGACCACCGGUAGCAACCGCGUUCGUGACCACAUUGUUAACAGCGUGUGUUGACGACGACGCCGGUGCAUAUAGCCGCGGCAAACGAUCAACUGAUCGCCUCAGUUCGUACAGAGUCGAGUUGCACGAGCACGGGACGCGAUCUCGGUUUACGGAAGCGCUAAUGCGAGCCUCACGCGCGCCAAUGGCGGCGGAGCACCUAGCGACCUUGGCGCCGACCGUUGCUUCAGGUCUCAGCGCCGGCAGAGGCGCUCCAAGGUCGACUGUGGGCCAGGGCGCCGUCGGACCCUACGCGAUCCUCAUAGCAAUCGACUCUGUUACG